AUGACUAAACAGCUGUCCCGGUCUAAAAUAUUUAGAUGGGCCAAAUUCAACCUCAAAGCACUCCUGCUGCUUGCAGAGAAACUUCGAGGUCGAUCAUGUACCUGCGAUGAGUCCAAGGCCCCCAAGAGUGGUAGCUUGAACUGGGUUAUAUUCCUCACCUUCGAUGAUGGGGUUGAAUGGGCGUUUCGCUCACCGCGCUACGAUACCUGUACGUUUUCGGAUGAAACCGCCUCCAAAAUACUCGUUAGUGAAGCGAGUACUUUGAGUGGCACUCACGAGAACGAUAUCGGGAUACCAUAUAUUCUUCAGAGCAAAGCUUCUGGUCGUCCUUUAUCAGAUUACCGCUGGACUGAGCCUUCAGUCCAGCCCCCGAAUAUCAAACACCCCAUAUUACAGCUCCCACUUUCAGAAUCAGACCGCGAAAGGAUAAUGGCUCAGCUUGGUACCAUCAUGUCUCAUCUCUCACAGGUCCCCUUUAAUAAGAUUGGAUCGCUGUUUGAAGAAGACAACGGUGGCUUUUCAGUUGGUGAAUGCCUCUCCCCUGUUCUCACCUGGCAAUCAAGGGACGCCCUUGAGACAGAUAUAGAACGAGGUCCCUUUGCUGAAGAAAGUUCCUACCUUCGGUCUUUAAUAUCAGCACUUACCUCUCAUGCAGAGGAACUCCCACUAACGCCUUACCUGUUCUUCUCGCCACUGCCAAAACCAGCUGAUUAUCCAUCAUGGGAUAGCUUCAAGGCAGCGACGGACAGAAGAGGUGAUUUCGUUGUUGUUGGUGAUAAACUCGAGGGUAGCAAGAAUCGACUCGACUACUGCAUCGCAGGUCAAAUGCUGGAGGAAAUGUUGCCACUACUGUCAAAUGAUUCGACUGGCUUCACCUUAUCACACCCUGACCUUCAUACUGGAAAUAUAUUUGUCGAUGAAGAUCUAAAUAUCACAAGCAUUGUUGAUUGGGGUUCUGCUAUAGCAGGUCCCGUGACUGAGUUGUUAGCGACUCCAGGACUGGCAAGUUCUUCGAAGCCACCUUCAGUAGCUCUCACUGUUGCUUUUCAGGCCGGCUUUUCUCAAGAAUCCCCAAACAUCAGCCGAGAUAUGUGGGAGAGAGCUGAGAUGAUGUGGUAUUUUUCUCACGUGGUACGUCUUCUGUCCGGUCAGGAUCUUCCCCUGUUCCAAAGAUUGCAUGAUCUUGUUUAUAAGACCGGAGUUGAAAAUCUAUCGGACUCAAGAGAUUAUGGUUGGCUGUUUCAUCAGCGGGCUAUGACCCCAAGUAACAAGCAACUUCUCUCCAAACUGAGGGAAGAUGACCUGACAGACGAUGAAGUGAAAGAAUGA